AUGGAAGAAGUAGUAGAUUUAAUAUUUUCAAAUAAUUGCGGUUAUGAGUUAUCUGAGCUCUUAUUGUGUGUGAAUAAGUACUUGAAUGGGAAGAAACACAACAUUAAAUUGUUGGAAAAAAAAUUGCUUAUAGAUUAUGAGAUAUUUGCCAUCAAUAAUUUAGAAAAGAUUGAAUACGGUAGUUUGAGAUAUGAACAUGAGGAUGGGUUUAAUAUUUUGAGGGCCAAUAAUAAGAAGAGGAUAGUGGGUAAAUACCAGGAACUUUCUUUAAAAACAAUUACUAAACUAUUUUAUAUAAAGAACAAUGGUACAGUAAAAUUAGUAUUAAGUAAUAUGAGUUGUUUAUACCUGAUUUUAAGACUAUUAAUGCUUUUUAUUUCCGAUGGAUUAAGACUAUUGCCUUCUUUUGAAGAAGAUUUUGAAAAUCAUGUUAGAGAAGUUCAUUCUUUUAUUGAUACAUUGUUAAAAACUAAAGAGAUCAAUAAUGAGAUAGAACCAGACAAAGAACUAAUAUCCGAAGUCACAUAUGCUCAAGAGUUCAAUGCUCUAAUUUCAGGAUUAAUUGAGCUUACUACAUCCAUAUUUUUAAGUUUCCAGGAAAGUACAGACAAUAUGCUUAGAAUAAUUUUAGAUUUCUUUCAAUCAACGAAAAUAAUCACGGAAAAAAAAAGUAAGGAUUUUCAAAGAGAAUUAAAAAAGAAACUAAUUGAGUCUUGCAUGACAUUGUAUUCUAAAUCCGUGAUCCAAUAUAAUAUUGAGAACUUAAAUUUGAAUAUUAAUUUUGUACUAUCAUUGGCUGAAGAGUUCAUCAGGCAUGAAGAUGAUUAUUCAAUAAUAUUAACCGAAAUUUUGGUUACAAAACAACUAUUUUCAAUUGAAAAUUUACUUUAUACUUUUUAUUUAGAUAAUGAUUCAGACAAUGAAAAAAUAAUUAUUAAGGAGGAGCAGUAUAUACGUAUAGGAAUUACCAUCAAAUUUUUACAUUUAACUUUAAAGAUGAUAGCCGAAUCAAAAAAAGUACUAGAAAAAUUAAUUCAAAGGGAAGUUCUUACUAAUAUAAUUGACUACGUGAUUUUGGCUCGAAUUUUGGGAGUUGAAUCAUCUAACGAGCAAGCUUUUGAAAGUAAACUAAAAAACAAUAAAAUAACAUCAGAAUAUACCAAGAUUAGAAAAAACAAUAUAUUCAAAGAUAAAGAUGGUUGUUACACAAAAUUAAUGAUUUCUAAUGAAGGGCAUUCUAUUGAGAUUCUUCAGAAACUAUUUAUCGCCUUUCCAAUAUUAUUUUCAACUUCAAAAAAAAGUACAUUCAAAGUUGUUAACCAUAUUCACAAAAUUCUACAUCUUCAAGAUGAAAUUUACGAUUUUUCAUAUUUUUCUCUCCUUUUUCCAGUUCUAUGUGAAACAUGUUGUACAGUGUAUGCAGAUAAGAAUAUGCAAUUGAUGCUGAUGAACGAAAUUCUUGAGCUUUUUCAAGCUGCAGCAAAUAUAAUGGAUAGUUCAUUAAAAAAAUCAGAGGAACAUCUUUCUACAUAUCUAAGCCAAAACAUGGAGUUUUUAUCAAUUAUUCAUAUCACCAGUUUUACUUACUUGUUAUUAUUAGAUAUCCAUUUUCUUGCCAAUCAAGGUUCUACAAAACUGCACAACUCCAAGGGAAAUUUGCAUGCUCAUGCAUGUAAGGCAGGAACAUUUCUCUCAUCAUUUUUAAUUUGGUGUUCAAAAUAUGAAGAAAAUUACAUUUUGUAUUAUUCAGCCUAUUGCAUAACUAGCAAUAUUAAAGGAAUAUUAGGUGAGGGGCUACUUAAAAGCGAUGGAUGGAUUAUUGAGUCUGUUAAAUAUUUGUUUUUUAUAAUGACUCAGUAUUGUCUGAGUAUUGGGAAAAGUACAGAAUUAAGUUAUUUGGAAAGUUAUCAAAAUCUGGAAACUUCUAAAAUUGAAAAAAAUGAGUUUCUGAUCAACUUUCUCAGAGGAUCAGUAUUGAGCAACAAGCAGUUAUAUUGCUUUAUUUGUGCAUCUAAUAUAAUUGAUUCUUUAAGCGAAAUACAAGAGGAUCUCGUAAAUAGUUAUUUUCAGAGCAAGAUCAAGGAAUUUAAUCAACUUCUAUCAAACAUUAUUGGUGAAGUUUCUGAUAAUAAGAAGAUACAAUGUGGGUAUUUUGUAAAUUUCAGCCACAUAAAGAAUAUCUUUAUGUUUCUUCCAUUUAAAGUAUUAACCAAAAUGAGGAAAAGUAUCGAUUUAAUAUUUAGGAAUAUAUCAUUGUUAAUAUCCAACUUUGAUCUUGAAAGUAAAGAGAACCUGACAACGAUCCCUUGUGUUGAUCUAGAAAUCUUCCUUUAUAAUUCAGUUUCAUCAUUAUAUUUCAUAUUGACAAUAAAAAGCAUCUUCCAUUAUAACAUUGCACAAGUUGAAAAUCAGUUAGAUUCUGAACAAGAGGGAGAGGUAGAAGAAGAAAGUAACUUGGAAAACAGAAGCUGUUUUGUAUUUAAGCUUUUCAAUAAUGAGAUUGAAAAGAUAAAUAUUUACUUCACUAAGGUGUUGGAAUUUUAUGAAAAAAAAAAGAUAUAUGAUUAUCAGUACAGAGAGUCAUUUUCAAUGUUUAUAAUAAUUUUGGAAUACAUGGCAUCAAUUGAAUCAAAGCUUAGCUUUUCAGAAAGAAAAAUUCAAAAACAUCUCAAAUCAUUCAACCAAAACAACUUGACAAAUUUUUACAAAAAUAUCAAUUUAAAUGAUAAUCCUUACGAUAAUAGAAGUGUUCGUAAUGAAAAUAUCCCAUAUCAUGAUAUAUUGGCACUAAUUCGUUUUGGAAUGGUGAAUAAUAGUUUAAACAAACAUUCAUUCAAGUAUAAUGAUAUUUCCAGCUCAUUAAAAUCAUUAAGAAGGUUCACUUUUAAGUGA